AUCACUCGGACUAUCUUCACCCACUCAAAGACCGUCACUACUAUCAUAAUCAAGAUGCCAAUGAUAUGGAGUGCGGACGCCGAUGCGAAGCUGAUGGCUGCCAUUCUUGCCACUUCCGAUAUCAAGGUCAACUACGCCGCCGUCGCCACACUCAUGGGACCUGAAUGCACCGCUAAGGCAGUCACUCAUCGCGUUGGAGCUAUCAAGGCGAAAGCAAAAGAUGUCGGUCUCGGCGGUCCAUCUGCCAGUCCCGGUCAAACGCAAGCCACUCCACACAAACGCGGCAGAAAGUCUGCAAAGGCGGAUGCCAAUGAUAGUGGUGAUGAGGAUGAAGGAGAAGAGAGUCCCACAAAGAAAACAAAGGCUACCACUACCAAGACUAAGCGCAAGGCACCCACCAACCCCGUCAAAGCGGAACCCGAAGAGCAGAAGGAGGUGAAAAUGGAGCCUAGCAAUGAGGCUGAAGAAGACGCCUGAUCCAGAACAAGAACAUUGCCGACCACAUUUACUCGACAUUUCUCGAAAGACCAUCUUCAAUCCCGGAAGAGAAGGCGUGGGCAGGGAUCGUGCGAAGUUGGAGCGGGCAAUCAUGGAUAUCCAUCAGGCAAUGUGCUGAUUGCUGAAAAUGCGACGAUGGUGACUCUUGGUAUGUUUCUCGCCGGUCAUGAAGAGAUCGUCACAUGUGCUGUUGGAGCUGGAAUUUUUGAAGACACCGUGA